UUGUAAAAUGCCUCGCUAUGAGGAUAGGUAUGGGAGCACUACUCGCCUCUAUGUUGGUCACUUGUCCUCUCGGACCCGAUCCCGGGAUCUUGAGCAUGUUUUUAGUAGAUAUGGCAGGUUCUGAGCCUUUGCCUGACCUGGUUGUCAAUGGUGGGAGGGUGGACUAUGCCUGACCUGAUGGUCAAUGGUGAGAGGGUGGACUUGGUGGAAUUUCUUGCCGAUUGUUAGAAGCCUUUGGCGAUUAUCUAUGUUGUCUUUGCAUGUUUUUAUGGAAUUUGCCACAAUCAAACUGGUGUUUAGUUCGUCUUGAGGACCAAGUUUCAUGCACUGCAGUUCGUAAGUAGUUUUGAUGGCCUUACUGUUUCUGGAAACCAUUUCCGCAGAGUACGCGAUGUGGAUAUGAAGCGAGACUACGCCUUUGUUGAAUUCAGUGAUCCACGGGAUGCUGAUGAUGCUAGAUAUAAUUUGGACGGGCGUGAUGUGGAUGGACGCCGCAUAACUGUGGAAUUUGCUAAGGGUGUUCCACGUGGGCCUGGAGGGGUUCGGGAGUAUGUGGGCCGAGGUCCUGCUCCAGGUUCUGGCCGAUGUUUCAAUUGUGGCAUUGAUGGUCAUUGGGCUCGUGAUUGCAAAGCUGGAGACUGGAAGAAUAAGUGUUACCGCUGUGGAGAAAGAGGUCACAUUGAGAGGAACUGCCAAAACAGUCCUAAGAAGCUCAGUAGUGGACGUGGGCGCAGUUACUCGAGAUCUCCUGUGAGGUCACGUUCUCCUCGCCGUGGUGGCCGCAGUAGGAGUAGAAGUUUCAGCAGAAGCCGCAGUUACAGCCGGUCAAGGUCCCCUGCUGCCAGGAGAGGACGUGAUGCUGAUUAUAAAGAAAGGAGGUCAAGGAGCCCGAUUGAUGAAAGCCCAGAUCUUAAGAGGGCUGCGACUCCUACUAAAUCGAGGAAGCUCAGUCCACCACCUGACAGGGAUGUGCCCAGAGAGCAAAGUGCUUCCCCUAGUAAAGGCAGGGUGGAGACUGAGCAAGAUGGGUACAAUAGUGAUAGCCCAAAGGAGACUAGCCGUAGUCCCGUUAGUCCUGCAGCUAGGAGAUAUGAAGAGAGUCCUUAUGAGGAAAAUGGCCGCAAUCGCAGCCCUAGUCCUAGAGAGGACAGAAGCCCUGUUGAGGAUGAUGAUCCAGUACGCUCUCCCCGUGGUAGCGCCUCUCCAUGAAUCUAUUUAUAAUGUGGACACACUAACUUGGGAUUUAUGUAGUCUCUGCUCUACACUUGUGUGUUGUCAUUUUGUGAGGUACUAAAACUAGUGUUAUGUUGAGCCGUGGGUUGGAGAAUUUCCAAGUUUAUCUUUCAGACUACAAACUUUUAUGUGUCGUAAUUUAUUUUGUCGAGCUUUUAGAGCAAAUGGUUAUGAAUUGUCGGUGGAGUUUUAGUUGUGUGA